AUGUGGCUGUGUUCUAAAUGGACAUUACUCAUAGUUUCACAGCAGCAGCAGUUGUUCACAGUUGGUUGGACUCAUAGUGAACAGGAAGUGAAAGACACAGUGGGAGUGCAGCGGCCUGCCCUGACCGUCCUGCCCCCCUCCAGAGAGGAGCUGCUCCGGGACAGUGUCACGCUGCUGUGUGUGGCCAGCGGGGGCUUUCCUUCUGAUUGGACGCUGAGCUGGAGAGUAGGCGGGGCUUCCACUGAGGGGUCCCACAGCCCGGGGGUCCUGAGGGGGGACAGUCUCUACAACCGCAUCAGCGUCCUGCAGCUGUCCACAGAGCACUGGAGAGACGCAUCAGUGAUGUGUGAGGCCCAUCGGAGUGGACAGAGCCCAGUCACUCAGGGCCUGGAGGCAGCGUCCUGCUCCCAAGUGGAACCUGUGAAGCAGCAGCAGGCCAGUGUCCAGAUGAGGAUGGAGCAGAGCAGAGCCAUGGACUUUGUAUCACUGUGGAACACGUUUGGAGGAGGAACACAGCUCAUCGUGGACUUGGGAGUGCAGCGGCCUGCCCUGACCGUCCUGCCCCCCUCCAGAGAGGAGCUGCUCCGGGACAGUGUCACGCUGCUGUGUGUGGCCAGUGGGGGCUUUCCCUCUGAUUGGACGCUGAGCUGGAGAGUGGGCGGAGCUUCCACUGAGGGGUCCCACAGCCCGGGGGUCCUGAGAGGGGACAGUCUCUACAACCGCAUCAGCGUCCUGCAGCUGUCCACAGAGCACUGGAGAGACGCAUCAGUGAUGUGUGAGGCCCAUCGGAGUGGACAGAGCCCAGUCACUCAGGGCCUGGAGGCAGCGUCCUGCUCCCAAGUGGAACCUGUGAAGCAGCAGCAGGCCAGUGUCCAGAUGAGGAUGGAGCAGAGCAGAGCCAUGGACUUUGUAUCACUGUGGAACACGUUUGGAGGAGGAACACAGCUCAUCGUGGACUUGGGAGUGCAGCGGCCUGCCCUGACCGUCCUGCCCCCCUCCAGAGAGGAGCUGCUCCGGGACAGUGUCACGCUGCUGUGUGUGGCCAGCGGGGGCUUUCCUUCUGAUUGGACGCUGAGCUGGAGAGUGGGCGGGGCAUCCACUGAGGGGUCCCACAGCCCGGGGGUCCUGAGGGGGGACAGUCUCUUCGACCGCAUCAGCGUCCUGCAGCUGUCCACAGAGCACUGGAGAGACGCAUCAGUGAUGUGUGAGGCCCAUCGGAGUGGACAGAGCCCAGUCACUCAGGGCCUGGAGGCAGCGUCCUGCUCCCAAGUGGAACCUGUGAAGCAGCAGCAGGCCAGUGUCCAGAUGAGGAUGGAGCAGAGCAGAGCCAUGGACUUUGUAUCACUGUGGAACACGUUUGGAGGAGGAACACAGCUCAUCGUGGACUUGGGAGUGCAGCGGCCUGCCCUGACCGUCCUGCCCCCGUCCAGAGAGGAGCUGCUCCGGGACAGUGUCACGCUGCUGUGUGUGGCCAGCGGGGGCUUUCCUUCUGAUUGGACGCUGAGCUGGAGAGUGGGCGGGGCUUCCACUGAGGGGUCCCACAGCCCGGGGGUCCUGAGGGGGGACAGUCUCUACAACCGCAUCAGCGUCCUGCAGCUGUCCACAGAGCACUGGAGAGACGCAUCAGUGAUGUGUGAGGCCCAUCGGAGUGGACAGAGCCCAGUCACUCAGGGCCUGGAGGCAGCGUCCUGCUCCCAAGUGGAACCUGUGAAGCAGCAGCAGGCCAGUGUCCAGAUGAGGAUGGAGCAGAGCAGAGCCAUGGGGUCCCACAGCCCGGGGGUCCUGAGGGGGGACAGUCUCUACAACCGCAUCAGCGUCCUGCAGCUGUCCACAGAGCACUGGAGAGACGCAUCAGUGAUGUGUGAGGCCCAUCGGAGUGGACAGAGCCCAGUCACUCAGGGCCUGGAGGCAGCGUCCUGCUCCCAAGUGGAACCUGUGAAGCAGCAGCAGGCCAGUGUCCAGAUGAGGAUGGAGCAGAGCAGAGCCAUGGACUUUGUAUCACUGUGGAACACGUUUGGAGGAGGAACACAGCUCAUCGUGGACUUGGGAGUGCAGCGGCCUGCCCUGACCGUCCUGCCCCCCUCCAGAGAGGAGCUGCUCCGGGACAGUGUCACGCUGCUGUGUGUGGCCAGCGGGGGCUUUCCCUCUGAUUGGACGCUGAGCUGGAGAGUGGGCGGGGCUUCCACUGAGGGGUCCCACAGCCCGGGGGUCCUGAGGGGGGACAGUCUCUACGACCGCAUCAGCGUCCUGCAGCUGUCCACAGAGCACUGGAGAGACGCAUCAGUGAUGUGUGAGGCCCAUCGGAGUGGACAGAGCCCAGUCACUCAGGGCCUGGAGGCAGCGUCCUGCUCCCAGUGA